CAGAGAAAUGUCAGCGCAUCCCUAGCGCGGGCCUACGGAAUAGAGGUACCUCGCCGUGGCCUCCCGCCUAUACGGCACCUCACCGGUCCCCCGUGGUACUUCCGCCGGACUUGUAUGCCCGAUGCAAAUGGCCCAGGUGCAACUGGCAGGUGCGACCUGGCUUUUUUUUUCCGCCCGAAGCUUCCCGGCAACACAAGUUCGUAGCCGUAACUAGUAGCCGUCCCUGAGUGAACAACCGCAUCACGAACCUGGUUCCUCUCUUUUGCCUCAUCAUUUUCCUUUUCCGUUUCCCUCCCCCUCCCCCAAUUCCUCCAUCCCCCUUAACCUACGACUCGCCGCGACUCUCCUCGACGCCUCUCUCGACUCCUACACACCCUCUCGACCCCCUCGAUUCCUUCGAACCCCUUCAUCACGAUGUUGUCGCGAAGACUAGCUACCGCCGCCCGCAUGGUGCCGGCGGCGCGCACCCUGCGUCCCCGAAACCACCCUCUCAUCAUGCUUCCCGCCAUGAUGCAGACCGUCCGCACCUAUGCCGAUAGUGUUGUCAAGGUGCCUCAGAUGGCUGAGUCCAUCUCCGAGGGUACCCUGAAGCAGUUCUCCAAGGCCAUUGGCGAGUACGUCGAGGCCGACGAGGAGAUUGCCACUAUUGAGACCGACAAGAUCGAUGUUGCUGUCAAUGCCCCCGAGGCCGGCAUCAUCAAGGAGUUCCUCGUCGCUGAAGAGGACACCGUCGUCGUCGGCCAGGACCUGGUCCGCCUCGAGCUUGGCGGUGCUCCUGAGAAGAAGGAAGCCCCUGCCUCCGAGGCUCCCAAGGAUGCGCCCAAGCCUGAGUCAACGCCUGAGCCCAAGCAAGAAUCUACCCCCGAGCCCAAGAAGGAGGCAGCUGCCCCUGCAGCCAGCAAGCCUGAGCCCCCUCGCCAGGUUGAGAAGAAGGAGUCCACAUCUGCCCCAACCACCAGCGGCCCGGGCCUGGGCAGCCGUGAGGAGCGCCGAGUCAAGAUGAACCGCAUGCGCCUCCGAAUUGCCGAGCGUCUCAAGCAGUCCCAGAACACCGCUGCUUCUCUCACCACCUUCAACGAGGUCGACAUGUCCAACAUUAUGGAAUUCCGCAAGCUCUACAAGGAUGACAUCCUCAAGAAGACCGGUGUCAAGCUUGGUUUCAUGAGCGCCUUCUCCCGAGCUUGUGUCCUCGCCAUGCGAGACCUGCCCGGCGUCAACGCCUCGAUUGAGGGACCCAAUGGCGGUGACACUAUUGUCUACCGCGACUACGUCGAUAUCAGCGUUGCCGUCGCCACCGAGAAGGGCCUGGUUACUCCCGUUGUCCGCAACGUCGAGGGCAUGGACCUGAUUGGUAUUGAGAAGUCCAUUGCCGAUAUGGGCAAGAAGGCUCGCGACGGAAAGCUGACGAUCGAGGAUAUGGCUGGCGGUACCUUCACCAUCAGCAACGGUGGCGUUUUCGGUUCCCUAAUGGGAACUCCCAUCAUCAAUUUGCCCCAGAGUGCUGUGCUGGGUCUCCACGCCAUCAAGGAGCGCCCCGUGGCCGUCAACGGCAAGAUCGAAAUCCGUCCCAUGAUGUACCUCGCCCUAACUUACGACCACCGCCUGCUGGAUGGCAGGGAAGCUGUGCAAUUCCUGGUGAAGGUGAAGGAGUACAUUGAGGACCCCAGGCGCAUGCUCUUGUAGAGCAGCUUCUCUGACGCUCUUAUGUGUCUGGCCAGAUAAUACCCGAUAGGCUCAAAAAGGAGGUGGACAUAUGUCGUGUCUGCACGCCUCUAAUAGUCUAGUUGUAUAAUAGAGUUUUGGGACGAAGGGUGUAAACUGAAAGAGAGCCGUUUCCAAAACAGGAAAGUUACUACGAUGAGUGGUUUUGGUGAGCUAUCCCUAGUGAGGAUUUUUGAAUGCUUAGCUUGCUUCUUGCUUGUCAUGAUGGUGUUCUG